AUGGUAAGGAUCAAUAGUUUUAAUGUGCGAAGAGUUCUCUUGGAUCAGGGAAGCUCUGCGGAUAUUAUUUACGGUGAUGCGUUCGACCAGUUGGGACUGGCCGAUAAAGACUUGAUGUCGUACAAUGGGACUCUGGCAGGCUUCUCAGGAGAGCAGGUUUGGGUGCGUGGCUACUUGGAUUUAGACACGGUUUUUGGCAUUGAUGAGAACGCCAAGCUUUUGCGUGUAAGGUAUUUGGUAUUGCAGGUUGUGGCAUCAUACAAUGUCAUCAUCGGACGGAACACGCUAAAUCGUCUCUGCGCAGUGAUUUCAACAGCUCACCUGGCGGUGAAGUAUCCACUAAACUGCGGAAAGGUGGGAAAGAUUGUAGUAGAUCAGCGAAGGGCGAGGGAGAGCUAUAACAAUUGCCUUAGUUUAUAUGGAAAUAAGGGAUCCGGCGAGGGACACAGGUGCCACGAGAUCGAGGUCUUAGAAGGUGAUCGAGUUCGGUAG